GUGCCAAGCUCACACACGCGUGCGCGAACCAUUUCGCACAAGGCAAGGGAGAGCGGGCUCGCGGCAGACCCAAGCGCAUCGCCCGACCUUUCAGCUGCCCCGAGCUCCUCUUUCUUCAAAUUCGCGCCCCUCGCUCCGCUUUCUACUUCGCGCCUUGCAUCCUUGGACCGCAACAACGAAACUCUUUGACAAACGGUUCCAGCAGCAAUAUGCGGUACCACCACGACCAACGCCAGGGCCACCCGGGGCAGCAGCAGCAGCAGCAGCAGCAGGAGCCACACGUCUCUCAUCUCAACAACCCGCCGGGCCCGCCGCACCCAGCCAACAAGGCCCUGCUGGCCACGCUGAUGCUAGCGGCAGCACUGGUGGGCUUUGCCGCCGGCGCCUGGACCGGCGGCGCCGGCGCUCAUGCCGCCGCCGGCUGCAGCACCGGUGGCAAGUACGAGCUGGUCGCGCGGCACGGCUUCAAGGGACACCAGCAGCAUCAGCAGGGGCACCAGCGGCGGCAAGCCGUCGCGGCGGCGGGGCCGGGGGCAGGAGAGCAGCAUGUGCUGGGGCAGGGGCAGAGGCAGGGGCAAGGGGGAGGGCAGGGGAGGCGGGGGCAGCAGGGGAGGGAGGAGGCGGAGGCGGCGGCGCUGGCAGUGCUGGACAUCCCGCAGCCCACCACCUUUGAGCCGGUGUUUCCUGAGAACCGUGCCGCCUCGCUGGCCAGGGCCAAGGCUGCUGCUACAGCCGCAGCUACUGCAACUGCCGCAGAGGUGGCGGCGGGGGUGGGGGCGGGGGUGGGGGCGGGGGCUGCUGCCGACUCCGCCGGGCCAGCGGCGGCAGUAGCUGGACGCGUCGGCAGCAGUGCGAAUGGUGGUGCGGGUGGCGCGGCGGUGGUGCUCCUGCGGGAUGAGGUGGCGUACCUGCGGCGCAAGGUCCGCUCGCUGCGCUCCGCCUACGGCGCCGCCUACUGCGACCUGCACGGCAUUGGGCCCUCCGGCGGCUUCUGCCUGCAGCCCCCAGCGCCCGCUGCUACUGCCGCUGCUGCUGCCGGUGCUACCGCUGCCGCUGCUACUGCCGCUGCUGCUACUGCCGGCCUGGUGACGGGCACACUGCUGGAUCGGCCGCUGUGUGACGCCAUUGCGAGGCUGGUGGCAGGCGCCCACGUGGCAGACUUCGGCGCCGGCCGCGGCCAGUACGGCACCUGCCUCGUCAGCAGCCCCGCCGCAAAUGCGAACAACGGUUACAACGCCAGCAGUGCGGCAGCGUCGGCGGUUACUGCGGUUGGUGGCAGUGUCGGUGCGGUGUCGUACACAGCGUACGACGGCGGCGAGGGCGUGGAGGCGGUUACGGGAGGCGCCGUACGGUUUUUGGAUCUGGCCGAGCCCACGUGGCUGGGUGUGGGCUACGACUGGGUAGUCAGCCUGGAGGUGGGCGAGCACAUCCCGCCGCACCUGGAGGCCGCGUUCCUGGGCAACCUCAUCCGACAUGCGCGCCGGGGGCUGGUGCUGAGCUGGGCCGUGCCAGGCCAGGGCGGCCACCACCACGUCAAUGAGCGGCCCAACGACUACAUCCUGGCCCGGGUGGCGGAGCUGGGCGGCGGCGCGUUGCGGCACAACGCCACCGCAGCAGCGCAGCUGCGCGCAGCUAGCUCGCUGGCCUGGUUCCGGAACACGUUGCUGGUGUUUGACCGGGUUUGACCGGACCGGCGGCUGCUGAGGGCCUCAAUGUGUGGAGCAAAGGGCUUGGGAGGCGGUGGCGCUGAUUGCAGGCGAGGGCAGGCUAGAGAAGCGGGGGGACGGCGCCGGGGGUGCGACGACGAGGGGCCGCGGUUCGGCGAAGGGCCGCGACCUCGGCCAGUUGCACGGCUUCUCGCUAUACUUUGUAGAA